UUAACGCCAAUCGCGCGCCGGCGCAGGAAACCGGUCCCGCAAACUGGACGCCGCGCUGCCCGCCGCCCGCCGACCGACGACGAUAACGCCCUCGGCUCCACUCGCCACUCGCCGCAAACCGCCGGGCAAGACGCACGUACUUACAUAGCCUACUAUUUGUAAAUUUUACGUUACGAAGUAAAUCGUUAUAAACUUCAAAAAGUCUUGCUCAUUUCACGACCCUGGAACCGGGUUAGCCGAAGAAGAUUCCCGCCAGUUUUUGGACCUUCUCACUGGAUUCAAUUCACACCGACGUGGACGCGCGACCUUUGGACUCCGGGAAAGUGGCUCGACGGCAACCUACAACGGACGCGAACGGUUCCAGAACUUCCAGCACACGAAGGCGCAGUCAUCAAGUGGCAAUUCAGGGCAGUGCAAAUCCGAUUUUCCUUUACUUUCCUUCCCUUUAUUGUCCGCUUUGCAUACACGGACCUUAAUUACGUGUAAAAUAUUUCUCGAAUACCUUCAGUACAAAUAUUCUUCUCUUUCGCUUUAAAUCUUCACUUUCAUUAAUCAUUACAUUCAUAAAUCUGUCUACACGGACUUUAAUUACGUGUUUAUCAGUUUUUAUUCAAAUUUGCAUACCGUUAAACACUAUUUGCCGUGUGGUGACGGCAGAGUAGAAUACAUUUGUCACCAACCCCUACUCUUCCCGCGGGUGUCGUAAAAGGCGACUUAGGGACAAACAUCAAUCGUUUAAACUGCGAUCUCCAACAUCAAUCAACAUUUAAAUACAUUCCCUUUAUUCAUACCUACCUAUACGCGGACCUUAAUUACGUGUUGGGUUUUUUAAACAUUAUUUCACAUUAUUUAUUUCUCGCAUUCCAGCGCACACGCAGCCAAAUCGUGCGUUUGCAACGCUCGUUAUACCUACCCACCGGUGCCUGCCUACGUACCUACGCUUGCGCCUAACGGUCGGUCAGCUGAUUGCUCCGCCAAGCUUGCGCUGUUUCAUUGCCUUCUUCACUGCACAUUACGCUUUAAGUAUUCGUUCCAUUGUCAUCACUUUAUUUUGCACUCAUUAAUAUUAUCGAAAACUUUAAACUUAGUUUGUAAUUAUCAUUAAAUUAAAUUUACAUCAUGAGUAAGUUAACUGAAUUGAAAAGGAAACGUAGUUCCUAUAAAUCCAAGCUUACGCAAUUUAAAACAUACUUUUCACGAAUUUCUACUUGCGAAAAGCCUAAUCCUGUACAAAUUAGCGAUUUAAACUUAAGAUUAGCUAAAAUUGAAGAAUGGUACAGUGAAUAUGACGCGUUGCAGAUUGAAAUCGAAAGUUGUUUGGAAAUUUCAGACGUUGACUGCGAAAAGGAGUACAAAUAUCGCGAGGAGCUUGAAAGCGAGUACUUUGCGGUGGUCGGCAGCGCGCGCGAGUGGAUGGAUCUAGAAGAAACGACCAGAAUAUGCGCCCUGCCUCGAUAUCGGAGAGCUCAGAUCCUGACUCAGCACUUCUGGAAUAGAUACUACAUGGAAUAUAUUUCAGAUUUACAAAAGAGGCUGAAAUGGAAGCGCAGCAAUGGAGGAGAAUUGCGCACUGGAGACCUGGUGGUGGUAAAGGACGACCGGCUACCACCUAACCGCUGGCUGCUCGGACGUGUCACCCGCCUCUACCCUGGCUGCGAUGGCAUCGCACGCGUAGCAGACGUCACCACCGCAACUGGAGUGCUGAGAAGAGCAUACAAUAGAUUAUGCUUGCUGCCAACCGAGGAUAUUUUGGAACUAGACGUUCCAACCCGGGGAACUUGUUAACGCCAAUCGCGCGCCGGCGCAGGAAACCGGUCCCGCAAACUGGACGCCGCGCUGCCCGCCGCCCGCCGACCGACGACGAUAACGCCCUCGGCUCCACUCGCCACUCGCCGCAAACCGCCGGGCAAGACGCACGUACUUACAUAGCCUACUAUUUGUAAAUUUUACGUUACGAAGUAAAUCGUUAUAAACUUCAAAAA